AUGCUCAUGCCAGGCAGAACGACAAUCUCUAUAAGAGGGACUGCUGGCAGCCUCCUCGUUUCGCAAAAGGCGACAACAACAACAGGAGGAACACUAUCUUCAGCACGAGUGUGCCCAUACACCCACUCAAAUAUCAUCAACUAUCAACCCAAAAUAACAAAACGCCACCUCGGAAUCCCUCCGCAGUACCUCCUCGACGACUACAUCCCACGCUACCAACUCCUGACCUCAAUCGACAGCGCCAAAAAGCGAUCUCUCGCCUACUCGCACCUCCGCAACUGCAACCUCUGCCCGCGGCUAUGCGGCGUAAACCGCUACGAAAGGACAGGCGUAUGCCUCAUUGGUGCAGAAACGGUCAAAGUCAACGUAAUCGCACCCCACCGAGGCGAAGAACCUUGUAUCCAGGGCCACCACGGAUCCGGAUCCGUAUUCUUCUCCGGCUGCAACCUGCGCUGCGUGUUCUGUCAGAACCACGACAUCGCGCAUCAGCGGAAUGGGUUCGAUCUCACACCGGACGAGCUCGCGGAAUGGAUGCUCAAGCUCCAAGAAGUCGGGAACGUGCACAAUAUCAAUUUCGUGACUCCCGAACAUGUUGUUCCGCAAGUUGCGUUGGCGAUUUUGGCCGCGAGGGAGAUGGGGUUGAAGGUGCCUAUUGUGUAUAAUACCUCUUCUUUCGAUUCCAUCGAGUCGUUGAAGCUUAUGGAUGGGCUGGUGGAUAUAUAUCUGCCGGAUUUCAAGGUGUGGGACUCGUCGACGUCGAGACGCCUGUUGAAAGCGGAUAAUUAUGCCGAAGUGGCGAGGGAUUCGAUCAAAGAAAUGUAUAGGCAGGUGGGAGAUUUGAGUUUUACGUCUGAUGGCGUUGCGCAGAGAGGUGUGUUGUUGAGACAUCUUGUUAUGCCGGGGAAGGAGGGUGAAGGGAGAGAGAUUAUGAGGUGGUUGGCACAGAAUGUUUCGACAGAUUUGUAUGUGCAUGUUAUGGAGCAGUAUCAUCCGGAUGCGCAUGUAGGGAAGAAGCGAAGGAAGGUGGCCUCGGGGAAAGAUGAUGAAGACGAAACUGUCAGAUAUGCAGAUAUCAAUAGAGCCGUGACUGAUGACGAGUUGGGCUCGGUAAAGCAGGCAGCUCGAGACGCUGGCUUGUGGAGAUUUUGUGAGGUUUCGGAUCAGCCUGGAUUUCAUCUAUAA